CCCAGAAGGAAAGCCCGACAGCCCGCCGCGCCGCGCCGGCACCCCGAGACUCACCUGCAGCUUCUCCCGCCGCGCCUUCAACCGCUACGCAGGACCCGGAAGUGAAUCUCAGGAAACGGAAGUGACGUUUGCCGACGCCGGAAGCAGGCGCACGGCAAACAUGGCGGCGGCGCUACUGGCCCUGAGGACGAGCACAGCUGCCCUGCUGAACCCCCCUCAGGCCGCAGCUCUGGCUGUCAGAUAUGCAUCCAAGAAGACAGGGGGCAGCUCCAAAAACCUUGGUGGAAAGUCACGAGGCAAACGCUAUGGCAUCAAGAAAAUGGAGGGUCACUAUGUUCAUGCUGGUAACAUCCUUGCGACUCAGCGCCACUUCCGCUGGCACCCAGGAGCCCAUGUCGGGCUGGGGAAGAGGAAGUGCCUGUACGCCUUGGAGGAGGGGGUAGUCCGCUACACCAAGGAGGUCUAUGUGCCCAGUCCCAGCAACGUGGAGGCUGUGGAUCUGGUUACCAGACUGCCGAAGGGUGCAGUGCUCUACAAGACCUUUGUCCACGUGGUUCCUGCCAAGCCUGAGGGCGUCUUCAAGCUGGUGGCUAUGCUUUGAGCUCUUGGCUGAGGCCAUUGGACAGAUUGGAACCCAGUUGACAAGAGACGGUGGCACUAGAAGUCAAGUACUGGGGUGCCAGCUUCUCCCACAGAAGAAAUCUGAUGGGAAGACUGAUGUGACUGGCUAUGAACCCUUUGGGAGACCUGACUUGGGGCCAAAAAUAAAGUUAGCUGGGCUCAUCAGUCUGUGGUACUUGGGGGUCAGACCUAGAGGGAGCUGCUACCUAAUUCGUUGGUCCUUAUCCUUGUUCCCUAGUGCACACCCAGGGGAACCUCACAGCAGGCAGGACUCUUAGCGAGAAAAUAAGAAGAGGGAACUUUGUUUUGGGGGGGGAUUGGGGAAGGAGGAGGAGCAUAUUGAGUCAGGGAGGCAUUGCUGCUUCUCUUGAAUCCCACAUAGUCAGGCCCUGGGAAAGUUGCUUCCUUGAGAUUGGGAGAGGAAACAGUAUGUCAUACUCCUUUCCUGGAGGCAUAGUCACAUGGAGCUGGUCAGGAGCCCUGGAAAUGACCACAUGGCAGCCCCCUCCCUGCCUACCUCUAUUGGGCCAGGACAGAGAGACCGCAUCUAUCCUGGAAAGACAUAGGUCCCUCCAGUGCCAAGGCAGAAUAUGAACAAAUGGGUAUCCAUCCCCGCCAAGUGAGACCAAGCUUAUAUUCUUUCUGAUUUAUCUCAAAUCAUAAGCAGCAGCAAAGAGUCUGGGUUCAGGAAUACUCGGUGGAAGCCUAGAGUGGGCUGGCAUCAGGCCUUCAUCGCCACCCAACCUGAGGCUUGACUUCAGGUAGAAGAGCGAGGAAGAAAAUGUCAGCUGGCUCCGAGGUUGGGGCUGGAGGUAGGUGGUGUCAGCACAGCCCCAAGGAGGGUCGUGUAGGAUCCAGUGGCUUCCUCCAUGGACUCCUCGCCUGAGGGCAGGAGCUCAGAGACCAGGGCAGAGAAGCUUCCCAUUCCAGGAGUCUGCUGUGAACCCCUCACCUUGUUAACUGGGGCUAUGACCCCAGGCUCCACCUCCUUGGUAGAGGUACUGGGCUUGUCAAGGUUCACCUUGGCGAGCUUCUCACAGGGUCUCGUGUCCCAAGCUGGUUGGUGGGUGGGGGUGUCUCACAGGGUCAGUGCUGUGGCCUCCUGUGCCCUGCAAAAUCAGGAAGGGGCAGGCUGGAGGAGGUUACUCCCCGCUGCAGGGUGGUGCUUCCCGGGCCAGGACAGGUGACUGUCCUUGGAUGGGUGGGCAGAGCCCAGGUGGUCCCCGCUGUGGCCUCAGAGCCUCCUCAGCUUGGUGGUGGCUGGAGGCAUUAGUAAUUCCCUGGGGCCCAGCCACCCAUACAUGUACUCCCUGCCUUUGGGCUGCCCUUCUGCUGCUCCUCUCCCCACUGGUGGUCCUUCCUGGACACCAUUAACCUCUCUGCUACCUGGGCCUCAGCUGGGCAUCCCCUGGUGCUGACAGGGAGUGGGCAAUCCUGGGGGUCCUGAGGGAUGAGGACUCAAAGUGAGGCUCAGGAUGAAGUUCAGGGAACCGGACAAAAGACUCCAUCCCUUUUCAGUUGCCCACAACCCUCUGCUCGGCCCUCUAGUUUUCUCCCCCAAGCCCAGGGCACGAAGCUUAGACCCUCCACACUUCUGAAAUGUGCUCAGGUAUGAAGAGCUUCCCCUCCUUUUGGCCACUGGCUCAUUUCUCAAGUCUGGCAGCCAGCUCUGAUGUCCUGGGAAGUCAGGGAAAACCUCCUGUCCUCUCUUUAUGCUGUCCAGGACCCAGAGAUGGGGCGGCAGAGCCUGGAGAGGCUGAGGUCAGAGAUGUGUUAUGCCUUCUGUGCCCAGGAUCCCAUAUGGCACCCUGUCCCCGGGGAGGAGACUGACAGUGCUGUGGUUGCUGCUUAUGGCCUUCACCCCCCAACUGCCAGGGCUUUGGGCUUCCCUGGGGAGCUGGGGAGAGGGUGGGCCUCCAGAUGCUUGGAGAACUGGGAAAAGACCACCAUCUUCACUGAGCAGCUUCCUGCUCUGGGUCCUGUUAGCAGUGGCCAGGGGUGAGGCUGGCCAGGAUGUUAUUGGCCCUUUGCACGUGCUGUCCUGGCCCCAAGCACACCCAGGCUGCAUCCAUGGAGCAGACUCCCAAGGCCCCUUCACGCUAGAUAGCUGCUUCUGCUUGGCCAGCACUCAGGUUCCCUUUUGCUGGGAUGAAGUGAGAGCACAUGAGGGUAAGGGCUGUUGGGCAGAGAUGCUUUAAUUAGCUGGGACUCUGGCACAGGUGGCAGGAGCAGAGGUCCUGGCAGCCUUGGUGCUGGUGCAGCAGCAGCAGAGUGGCCGUGGUGAACACCAGUGAUGAAACUGCCCCCAGCGCCCCCAGCCCAUGUUACCUCCCCAGAUCGGAAUUUCAGUCCAGAGGUUGGCUCCCACUUGGCUGGGAUAGGGUCAGCUGGGCAUACUGGGGAAACAGAGGUGUAGGCGGCCCCCUUUUCGCUACUGCAUCACAUGCAUGUGGCAGAUAAGGUGAGGGAGAGCAGAAUAGCUUUACCACGUGUCUCCUGCCGAAGGAAGGAGUGAUGUGGGGAAGGGGAGUUUACAGAGGGACAGAUGCAGGGAGAUUGUGGAUGACAGACACCCUAGAAACUGGGUUGGGAAGGGCCCAUGAACUGAACUCAGACUCCUGGUGCCAGCCCUCUGUUGCAGGCAUGGCGUCCUAGAGCUCAGCACCGCGGGGAAGUGACCUCAGGCAGCACAGAUGACCCCAUGUCCAUCUGCAGUCUGCACCGUGGCUUGCUCUAAUGACCCCAUAGGUGAAGAGGGACCAGGACAGCACUGCCUUCAACCCUCACCUUGGGAGAGCACCAGUACUCACUAAUGGCCACAGCCAGGAGGCAGCGGCUGGUAAGCUGUGCACAUGACGCGGCAGAGGCAGAGGGGUGCCAGGAAAGGGUACUGUCUCCAUUGAGGACAGCCUGCAGGUCACAGAACACCCCUCUCCCAUGCUACACACUCACCCAGGACCCCUGCUCCAAGGGAGCACCUUCAUUCAUAGCCAGGGGAACUGAGCAGCUGUCAAUUCUCAGGUUUUCUGGUUAAUGCCUUGCCACCACCCAUAGAUGGCGCUCCUCCAUCCUCCAGAAUCCCCCUCAACCUCAGGAGAAGGGGUGCAACAGGCUCAGCUUCUGCUAAGCCCUACAGCCAGGGGAACUCCACUUGUCCAGAGCCCUGCACUUCUCAGUCCCUGGUCCCCUCCCAGCAGACUCUGCUCCCUUACCCCCACUGCCCCAUCUCACUGGGCUCCAGAUGUCAACCAGCUGCUCCUGGUCUGGGCUCCCACUGUUUUUUUUUUUUUAAAGAUUUAUUUAUACAAGAACCGGGGUACAGGCCAGAUGUGCGGGAGGGUGAGAGGAUUCACCAGAGACAGAGUGGGGAACAGAAUAGGCAGACUGACUGAAAUACACUGUUGAGGGGAGCAGCGGGCGAGGCAGGAGAGGUCUGCUGCACCAUGUGGGAUUCUCGCCGGCCGGCUGGGAUCGAGCCAGCACUGCAGAGGCUGUGAACAGCUUCACAGCGCAGCGGUCAACCGCCUGCGCCACCACUUCUAAAGGAACUGAGGUGUCCAAGCUUCCCUGGAAACUGGGCAUGAGGGCCAUUUAAAAAAAAAAAUAGGUCUUUGCCCAGGCUCUCCCUCUCUCUAAAGUAAUUAUUGGGCUCUAAAGGCCUGGCCAGUUCCCCACCCCUGGAGGAUUUCAAAGAAGGCUCAAGAACCCCAAACCUCCGGGCUAAGCUUCCCAGCUGAAAACGGGGUUGAGGAACAAGGUGGCCAGGCAGAAAAGCUGCACUCAUGUUCGCCUUAUAAGCUGGACAGGAGAGCAGUUGGGAGAGAAGGGCCUGUACCCCCAAGCCUGCCCUUUGAACAUGUCAGAAGCCCAGGAGCCUGCCACUGGCUGUCUUGCAGUGCUGUUAACUCUGGGGCCAAGACAGUUCCCCCAGAGCAGUGGGGUGGGCUGGGCUCUAUAAAUUAGAGAGCUUCUGGGAUCUUUGAACAUAAGCCAGUGCUAGGCUGCACCUCACACCAGUGAGCUCAGAACCUUCAGCCCAGACCCCUUCUCACUGGGCAGUGUGUAACAAACCAGUAACUAGGUCCAGGUGUGACAGAGGAGGCAGGGCUGAAACUGAGCCAAUGUCCUCCCUAACUUCAAAACAAGUUCCAGGCCCUCCCUGGUGACCCAGGGCUUAAGUCUCAGAGCUACUGCCGGGACCUCACACCGCAACCCUACCAACUGAGUUAGAUCCCCACCAGGGAGCUGACCCACAGGUGGCACAACAGACCUCUUCUGUCUCACCCACUGCUCCUCUCAGCAGUGUAUUUCAGUAGAUCUGCCUGUUGCUCCCCACUCUGUCUCUGGUGAAUCUUCUCACCGCCACCAGCAACCCCCGAACCUCUGGUCUACACCUCAGGUCUUUGCAAAAAUAAAUAAAAUAUUAAAAACAACAACAAAGUUCCCGUAGGACUGUAUGGAGAGCUGCCAGCCUCUCCAUGGCGCAGCACUGCUGGGGUGAGCUGUUCACCAGCAGACCUUGCUCGGAUACUGAUUGUGCUUAAUCUCUCCGACACUGUUAACUAAUAUUUUUUUUUUUUUUUUAACCUAAGAGUUGUUAGAGAAAAAAUUCUAAAGAAGCAGAAUGAAUUUCAGGUAUUCCCCACAAUAGAAGCCAGAAAAAGGAUUAUCUUCAUCCUGGAACCCAAACACUAUUUCCCGGGGAUGGUCACUGCAGUGACCUAGUGGCCUGGAGCCUGCUGCCACCACUUUGUAGCUGUGAUUUUUGGCCCAUUUCACAACACUAAGUCAUUCAGGUUCUAACCAAAGGACUGAAGAAAAUUGGCAGAGCCCGCGGCAGGGGAUGAUCUCCUCAGAAGUCACGGCCCAGGGGAGACAGCGGGAGCCGAGCAGCCACGGCUGGGACACUCAGUGCCACCUCCGUGGUGAAUUUUUAGAA